AUGGAUAUUCCAGAACCCUACGUCUAUGAUGAUGGCGUAUUUUGUUCGGAGGAAGAUAUGACAUCCUCAGUCAAAUUCGGUCUCACAGUGGCUCCCAUCCACGAGACAAAUACACUUUGCAAACUAUGCACUGAUAUUGUCUGUGUACUGCUCAAUCAACCGUUCAUUUUGGAUAUUGACUUGGAUACUUUUUCUACACAGAAUCCGUUCUUGGAUCGUUUCAACAAAGAACAGGCAAGUGUGCUUAACCCAUCCCGUAUGGCUCUCCCGCAUCCGUUAUGCCAGAGUUAA